CCAACAACAGGUGCCUUGUUGCUUGCCUCGGGCCUGGUCUGGGUCCGGCCACCACUACGGAGUCCCAUCGUACCAAUGCUCUAGUCGCCAUCCACGCUCGAGACGGCCCAAUAACUCAGCCCUGGCACAGACACCGACUCUUUGCUGCCCGUCACCGCCAGUCAAUGCUCUCUCUCCAUCUUCUCUUCAUAUCUCGUCCAUAAUCUCUCGUUGUUUACUCUCCUUACCUCGUCUUCUACCCCCCCAAAGUCGAACCACCCUGCAAUGUGAAAGGAUACGCCCUGAACGAGUGUUCGUUACUCCCAUACAUCUCGUCAAGAGCACCUGGCCGUGUCCUUUUCUCAUACGCACCGUCUCGACGACGACCGCUCCUUCCCUACCCUCCUCGCUGUCACCCGGCGACCCCCGCUACAUUCUGUCAAAAGCUCCCCCACCCCCGAUACCUGCGGUACUGGACUCGACAACCAUCACCUCAGUACCUAUAAUCUCUCUAUACUUCUGAUCGAGCACUGUGGCUAGUUGAUCAAGACUGCAAGAGACGUUCGGACAAUACAUCAUUGUCGACAAGACCCUCAACGUCGAUCCCCGGCCUGAUUUGUUGGAACCGUUGUCGGUGGUGUCAUAGGGCAACUCACCACACCCACCACAAUAACAAAGGAGACUCAUUCUUCUUUGACAACAAGACAAGUCAACUGAUCCUCCCACCGUCAAGUCAACACCCUCGGUGGCGAGUAUCUGUGGUUGCCUACUGUCCACUAGGCUCCAUUGACCUCAACCGGCCCUCCUGUUACACUUCAUCCUCUCUUGAUCUCUUCUCCAUCAGCUCAACCUACUUAACGACUUCCUCUACCUAAGUACCUACCUAAUCUGCACUUCGACCUAUCGGUACCUACACUCUUUUCUUGGGCCUACUUGCAGCCAGAACCAGUCCCUCUUCCUCUCUCCUCCACGAUGACUCAAUAACUAAACGCUCUUUACGCCCGUUGCUUGUUCGACUGAACAACGAGCCCUCACAAGCUCUGCGUCAUCGACUACAACUCAUUUUCCUUUGUCUCUAACGUUAACGACGACCUUUUACCCGUUCUAUGAGCCUCUGAUUCCACACGACGACUAGGAGUUUCCGCGGUGUUGCUUUCUCUCAAACACAUGAUAUUGGUGGUUGCAGCUUUCGAGUUCUAAGGCGGAUUUAUGCGUGGUGUCCUGCUUUCCAUCCGUCAACUUUGUCUUCUACAUCUGAGCACAGCUGCUCUCGACAUAUCCUCUUCCUUCCCAUACUCUCUUUGUACAAAGUUCCUCUGAGCUAUAUCUCUCGACUCUGAAUUUGAAAGCUGUUGUUCUCGGCCUAAACAAGGUGGACGAUUGACCUCGGACGAGUACCUACCCGUCAACAAUACCCAACUAUGGAGUGCAUGAAAGAUGGCUUCCGGAAGGAGCAGAUCCUUGAUGGGCGGUUCCGGACAAUCGCCCCGCUCAAUCACGGUUCCUUUGGUAUGGUCUUUCUCGCCGAGGAUCUCCAUACUGGGCAGGAGGUGGCCAUCAAGUGCUUGACCAAGCCAACCAUUGCCAACAACACGUCCUCAGCAUUCACCGCUGAUGAAGGUGCCGAAGAGUUGGCUUGCCAUGCCAUUCUCAAGCAACAUCCUCACUUGGUCAACCUUGUUCAUCACUUCGACACGGAAGCCCAUACCUACUUGGUCCUGGAGUACUGUUCUCAAGGUGAUCUUUACGAAGCAAUUCGCCUCGACCGUGGACCUCUGCAGACUGAACAUGUUCGACGAUUCAUGUUGCAGCUCAUCAGUGCCGUGCACCAUAUGCACGCCAAUGGGCUGUUCCAUCGAGACAUCAAACCGGAGAACAUUUUCCUCACCUCUGAUGGGUCUAUGAAGCUUGGUGAUUUCGGCCUGGCAACCAGGAGUCUUUGGUCCUACGAGUCUUGCGUGGGAAGUGAUCGAUACAUGGCCCCUGAACAAUACGAUCCUGCCAGUAUCGGUUACUCUCCAGCCAAGGCCGACAUUUGGUCCAUCGGUAUUUGCUUGCUCAAUGUCUUGUUUGCCAGAAACCCCUUCGUCACUCCUUCGGAGUCGGAUGUGCUCUUCUCUGACUAUGUUCGAGACCGUCAAUCUCUCUUUGACAUCUUCCCGAGCAUGUCACAGGAUACGUUUGAGAUCUUGUCGAAUGCCAUGGCUUUGGACCCUGCCAAGCGUGACCUGGCUGCAUUGAAGCAAGCUGUUCUUCGUGCCGUCACCUUCACCACCGACGACGAGUCCAUUGACGACUUCUGUGCCGAGGAACGUGAUGUGGUACGUGCCAGCGCCAACCGCGAACCAUUACGUACCCCAUCCAUCCAGAGUCCCCAGAUGGAUGGCGAUUCGUUCCCCUGGGCCAAGGCAUUGCGCUCUCCCAGCCGCAAGCAACCCCAGCUGGCUUCCAUUCCCGAUCUGUACGACGAGGACAUGUUUUCCGACAAAGGCCUCAAGCUCGGCGAAUCUUGGUACUCUGGAAUCAACAAUACUCCUUCGCUGACUUCGGUUCUGGAUUCGGCUUAUGGCUCUCUCAAGUCCUUGGCCAUUCAGCGCCCUUCUCACCGCAAUCCACCACGACCAGAUCCCGUUCCCAUUCCCAACUCUCUCCCUAUUCGGGCCUCUCGACCUAUUCCUACCAUGUCGUCAGUCUUUGGGAAGAAGAACGAUACUGUGGCCAAGAGCUGGAGUGACAUGUUUGAAGAGGAUGAGGAAGAAUGGGAGCUUGAGGCCGAGGCUGAGCUCAAACUGAGACGUGAACAAAACUCGCGCAGCUGGAGUGAAGAUAGCCAGAAGGGACUGCCUGUUCCUCACGGCGUUCUUACAGAGUCAAGAUCCUCCAGCAAUGCCCGUCUUAGCCGGACCCCGAGGGCGACUUCUCCUGUCAAGACCACCUAUGCCUCAAAGGAGAACGAUCCCUUUGGUUGGCGAGUUCGCCCAUCUCGACACUCUCCCAAGCAAGCUCCCGUCGACAAAUGGGCGGCUUUGGGCAACAAGAGACGUGGUCUUCAACAGUCUGGGUCCGAGAGUAAUGUUUCUACCUGGAGUAGCAAGAAACGAUCCUUCACCACCGGGACUCGCAAGAGACCGACGCAAGUUGUGGGGCCUGACCAUCAUACUCUGCAUCGACGUGAUAGCCGAAGCAAGGCACGUCCGGCGUACUUGAAUCAGGAUUGGCGUCAAGCCAAGGUGAUUGACUCAUCGAUGGAUGAGGAUGACCAUGAGUGGGUUGGAGGUUGGCAUAACUUCCAUUUGUGAUUCUCUGGAGCAUUGCCUGUUUGCUGAACUUUUGCUGAACUUUUGUGUGGGCCCAGUCGACACGGUUCAAUGGGAAUCUACUGGGACUUUCUUUUUUGUUUUUGGUGGUUGAGCGGAGAAAGGAAAUGCAACAAAAAACACUACGUCUUUACACAUACUCGGCCAACUUUGACCCUCGCUUUUGUCUUGAUUGGGACCUUGACACUGAUGACUUCUUUGGGAUGUGCUUUUUCUUGAAACGAGGUGUCAUGGAGUGUACCAACAGUGUUUAACAUCAAAGAAAACUGGAACAAAGGCAUUGGGGUUUAGCGCGACGGUUGAAGUAUGUUCUACUCGAUAUCACAUUUUUUUUCUACAUCGACCAAGGACAGCAUUAUAAGGAUGAGGAUUGGGGAUUCGUUCAAAGGUUCAGCCGGUUCGACAACACACGCACAUACACAUGAGGUUUGGAGCAGGUUGGUGAUGAGAGGAAAAACUUUUCAAAAGGGGCAGUGCUCUGUUGAUUUCACAUCAAUUCUCCUAGAGACAAGUUCUUGUUUCUAUUCCUUGGGGUGUAUGGCAGCGAUGAGGAUGACAAAGUAGCUAGAUUGAUACAAUUAUAUAUUGACUGCCAAUGAACUACCUACCCAUCAGAAGAAGAUUGGGAGAAUUUCAACCCUCUACCAA